CCCGGACCAUACCGGAAGUGUCUGUUCAUAGUUUGUCGAAGUGCUAGCGACUAUGCUAAUGCAUUGCAGAUCUCAAUUUGAGUGUCUGAGUGAAUGUGUCAUCUUCAUUCUGGACACCGGGUUAUACACUAUCGCCAUGCUACCGCAGCAGUGAGCUUUUUCCACGGCAAUACUAAGAAGCGAUUGCAUAUCUUUCUGCCUAUCCAAGCGCCGAAUACAAGGCAGGUGUGAAUGACCGACGUGGUGCCUAUCACUGCCCUCAGUGAAAUCAAGCUCCGCCUUCUUUGCCAGGAUGACAUAGAAAGAAUAAAAGUGCUCUGUGGAGAGUGGUUCCCCAUCGAGUAUCCAGACUCAUGGUAUCAUGACAUCACAUCAAACAAGAAGUUCUUCUCGCUGGCUGCCACCUGUAGAGGUGGAAUUGUGGGGAUGAUUGUGGCAGAAAUAAAAAGUAGAACGAAAGUGCACAAAGAGGAUGGGGACAUCUUGGCCUCCAGCUUUCCUGUUGACACUCAAGUUGCGUACAUCCUGAGUUUAGGAGUCGUGAAGGAGUUUCGCAAACAUGGAAUAGGAUCUCUGUUACUGGACAGUUUAAAGGAGCACAUCUCCACCACGGCACAGGACCAUUGUAAAGCCAUCUACCUGCAUGUGCUAACUACCAAUAACACUGCCAUUCACUUCUAUGAGAACAGAGACUUUAAACAGCACCACUAUUUACCGUAUUAUUACUCUAUACGAGGAGUGCUGAAAGAUGGCUUCACUUACGUACUCUACAUCAACGGCGGACAUCCACCAUGGACUAUCUUAUAUCCUUUAUCUCGCAUAUGGUUUUUUUUGUGUGUGUGUGUGCAUUUGACUCUAGCAUAAUGUUUUACAUCUUUUUUUUAGUGCGAAAGCACAGUGUACAGCACUAUCUUUAGGCUUUCAUUGAUAAAACUAGAGCAGCUGCUCUCCGCGUCUUUCAUCGGUUUCAUUUUGCGAGCAUGUGAAAGUUGCGCGAGCCUAUUUCAUCAAUUGCGCUGAAAUAUCAGACGUACAAAACACUUCACAGCAUGUUUACUUACAACACAAGCAGCAGGCUCUGACAUAAUAUUAGUUCAUGUCCAUUUAAACCAUAAUUUCUCCAGCUUGUGUUUAAAAGAAAGCAAAGGGACUCGCCCACAGUCUUCACAGACCACCCCCUCAGGACACAAGCGGUAGAAAGUGGACGAAAGAAAUGGAUUAAAAUACCAGGUGUAAUACAUGCAGGGUGUGUGAAACACACCUUACACUGAGAACAAUUAAGUUAUUUGGUUUAACACUUAGGUAGGAAUGUAACCUUGUUGCUUUUCUCAUGGAUCUGAACAAACAGUUAAAGAAAAAUUCCUUGACUCACAUAGCACUGAUUAUAUUCAUCAUAUAGGUUCGGCACUGGCCAGUCUAAGCCCAUGCUCCAUUCCCCAGAGAAUCUACCGCCAAGCACAGAAUCUCCUUCGCAGCUUUCUGCCCUGGUCAGGCAUCUCUUCCAAGAGUGGCAUUGAGUACAGUAGAACAAUGUGAAGAUCAUCAGGCCAAAACAGCCAGCAAAACAGGGUGGAAAAGAUUUGCUUGUUUGCUUCCCACCCGAUGCCUGAAGCUACUAAACAGCUGUGAGGAGGAGACAAACGUUGGAUUUGGUAUCUGGUUUAGAGCUAUGUAUUAUAUUUGUACAAUUUAUAAAUAUAUAAACACACACACAAACACAAACACACUGACUUUAAUUAAUAUAUACAUUCAUAUGUUAUUAGUAGAUUGGCAUCUUAAUAUAAACUCUACUUCAUGCCUGUAAUUUUGCUGCUGUGUAGAAAUAUGCUAUGGUUUACCCAGAUUUUUAAUAUAAAUAGAUUUUUUAUGUGUUCCUCUACUAUUUUAAGGAAUAUAGGGUAUAUGAUGGUAAAAGUAUCUCCCUCAAGAUGCAUUCUUUUUGUUUUAGUCACUCAUGCAUGUGUAAAGCUCUCGUGUUUUGUUUGUGCAGCAGCACCUUGACGCAGUAGACAUUUCAGCCCAUGGUUUUAAGUAUGUGGAUUGUUUUAAUGUUGUUUGCACAGAGGCAAUGAAUGUAAUGCUGCGAUGAAGGCAAAAGGGGCUGCAGUUACGGAAAAUGCUCCGUGUUACCAAAUGUGUAUUGUCAAUGUCAAACAUGUGAACUGUUUUUAAAUUCAGAACAUCUUAAACUAGCUGGAGCAUUUCAUCCUGCCAUUCCAUUGAGUGUACUUUUUUUAAAGGUGAAGUUGAUGAGUUUGUAAGGGGGAACGUGUUUUAAUUGAAGGUAUGUUACUGUGAAUCAGGGAUUUAUACACAUAAUAAAAUGAUUUGGGGAAACAAGCUCUUGCGUUACAUAACUUGCAAUAUAAUAUAAAAGUAGGCCAGUUUUUGGCAAUGUUAAGUCAGAUCUGUGGUCCAUCCAUCAAUUUAUUUUGGUUCUGUUCUGUUAAUGAUUUCUGUUUAGUAUACACAAAUAUUAAACACAAAUUUUUGUUUAUAACACAGGAACCUUGUUUCAUCUACUGUACUGUUGUGCCCCGCACAUUUUUUUUUCAUGUAUUGUCAUGUUCAGUGUGAAUUGUCAGUAAAAAUGUUCAAUCAAUAUGUGCGUAAUUGUUUGAAUUGUUCAUGUACGUAAUAGCACCAAGUUACUUACUAUUUUGCCAUCCUUAUGUUUUAUUUAGCAAAUUGGUGCACUGUGGCAUUUUAUUGUGUUUUAAUUGUGUUGAUAGUAAACAUUGAAAUGCUUUUUUGUGUAACCCAGAUACAUAAACUUCCUUACUGUAACCUCAACUGUGGUUAAAUAUGUGGACUUGAGAUACUGAAAGUAACUACUUCAGUGCCAGAUUUUCAAAUUGUCACCAGAUCUGUCUCUAAAUUGUGUAGCACCCUCUAGUGUUUAUUUGGAGAUUCACGACUGCGAAAGAUAUUUUAUUGUAACUUAAUUUGAUUUACUGUAAUGUUAUUAAUAUCUUGUCUGUUUAUGAAUUACUCAUUCAUCCAUUUAAAGCAUUUUGAGAUGACCUAUUGAGAAAAGAGAAAUAAUAAAUAAAGAUCGUGCAACCAUU